CAAAAAAUCAAAAAAUCAAAAAAUCAAAAAAUCAAAAAACCUAAAAUCAAAAAAUACAUAUAAUCACGAAAAUCAAAAAUACCAUAGAUAAGAAAAAUCCCAAAACAAGAGAAAAUGGGAGACGAAUAUGAAAAGUUUUAUAGAGUAAACGUACAUCAACUGCAGCAACAGCAACAACAACAGCAGCAACAACAACUACAAAUUCAGCAACUUCAGCAACAGCAGCUUGCACUAGAGCAACAGGCACAGGCACAAGAAGGGCAGAGCGUGUUUGACCAAAGAGAUAUACUGAACGAAUACUAUUAUAAACCCGAGUUUACAGACGAAAUCAAUACACCGAAUAUCUUGUUUCACCAUAAUAAUAAUUUCGUUUUUACACCUGAAGAAGCUAAUGUCUUAAUGUCGAAUGAGAACAUGUUGAACUCAUUUGGACAGAGAGAUUCCACAACUUUACCGGCCCGCAAAGAGCAAGACGUAUUCUGUGAACUUAUUUCCUUGGCAACGAACACCAACAACACCAAUAACAACAAUAACAACAACAACAAUAAUAAUAAUAAUAAUAAUAAUGCACAACCCUCCUCGUUUGGAUACGUGGCUCCACCCUUUUCUACGCAUUUUCCCAUAAAUCAUAUGCAGGAACAGCACCAUGAUUAUCUAUCUAAAUUAGCAGCCAACAUCGCUCUUAGUGGCGGGCCUCCCAUUGAACUUGAUAGAAUAUAUGAACUUUCCAUUGCGCAACAACCUUCUAGAGCUAGAAUGUGUGGGUUUGGGGAUAAAGAUAGAAGACCCAUUUCACCUCCACCCAUUGUUCAGCUAGUUGUCACCAAUAAGUUUGGACAGAUUAUCAAUCCAGAAACAUUUGACACGUCUUUUUUGAUUGUCAUGUGUGACUCAUGGCAACAAAAUGAAACUGACGACGAAGAUACAAUUCAGGUGGUUACUCUUCCUAGCAACAUUGAGGAUGAAGGGACGGAAACUAGCACAAGUUCGAUCAAGAUGCGAAAUUUGGUAGGAUCGUCGGUAUCUUCUGCCACUAAACUUUACGAUUUAAAUGGGAACCUUGGGAUUUUUUUUAUUUUCCAGGACGUUAGUUUAAGGACAGAAGGUUAUUUUCGGUUAAAAUUUUCGUUGAUCGAUGUUGGAUCGCCGUACUCACAUAGCGUAAAUACAACAACAACUUCUCAUGUGUUGAAAACGAUUCAAUCAAAUCCAUUCAUGGUAUAUACUGCCAAAAAGUUUCCUGGUGUAGUUCGUAAGUUGAUAAAAAAAAAAAAAAAAAUUCAUUUCAUUUCUGUAAAAAAUAAAAAUGUUUUUUUAUUCUUUUUCAAUACUUUAUUUAUUCUAUUUUAUUCCCCACCCUUUUUUGCGGUUCUGUAAUUUAUUAUUUCUAUAGAAUCUACACCUUUAUCAAAAUGUUUUGCUCGUCAAGGAAUAAAAAUACCCAUUCGUAAAGAAAAAUCUAUUUCCACGACAUUUUCAAAGCGUCAAGACCUGUCCGAUAAUGAAGAAAAUUAAGAAAACUGAUUUGCAGCUAUUUCUCUCUCUUGCGCGCGCGGUGUUUGGCUAAAAUGGUUGGUGUAUCCCAGUAAUAUUAUAAAUAAAGAAUCUCAUGUUUCACUGCUUUUUUCAAACGGGGACUAUAUCCUUACUUUUUUAAGGUUUUUAAUCUUUUCUCUUUCUUUUCUCUUUCUU